UUUGAUUCCAUCCAUUUAUUAGAAGAAAAACAUAAAUUACCAAUCUCACUCAUCACCCGAAGGCAAUUAAUUUGUCUGGUUAAGUAUCACAAAAACGUUAACCGUAUUUUUUUUCAGCUGAUCGCUCCAAGGUUUCUGAACAAAAACUCCUAGUUCAAUGUCAAAGAACAUUCAUACGAUAAAGCAAUUGUUUUAUUGUUACCAUUGUAAAUACGAAUUAAUAUCCAGCUGUUCAAGAGUGGAAUCUUAAAUGUAUUUGUGCUAAUUGGCUGUUUAUAGUUGAACACUCUCGAUUUGAUACCACCACUUAUUACAUACCGUUUGGUAUCUUUAUGAAUAAAACGUGUAAAACCAGCCAAUUUUCAUAAUUAUAAUUUAUUUCGAUCUUACUGCAAACGACUCAUUGAUUAGUGAGAAUGAGUCGAGUUACAUUUUAUUCGCAAAGAUUGAAGAGUACGGACGAUUUUAGAGAUUAAAUGGCAACUAUUUCGUGCGUUGUUAUCAUAUUCAUCAGCGUACAAUUUGUAGCCGCCCAAUCGUAUGAUCCUGCUUAUGAAUAUGACGAAGAUGUGCACCAGUACAGCGAUGAUGGCCAGUACAUCAAUUAUCCGACUUUUGGACUACGUGAAGCAGCCAGCACUAAACUGAACCGUACGACUAGUCAAAGCAAGAAAGUAGAGACGGCAGUAAAACAUACAACUCCACGCGGUAGCUAUAGACGACGAUCGACGUUCUCGACGACAAAUAACCCGACAACAAAAUAUACGCCCACACAACGGGUUCAAAUUAUACCAACAUCAUCUCCUCGCAGUAAAUUGCAUGAACCCGGUCGUAUCUUAACGAAAAACGAAUUUGUAUUCGUUAACGAAAUUGAACAAACGAAAAACUUCACUACAUCCGAUGAAGUUCAACAACAUUUCAAAGAGUUGAAUUUCGGCAGCAUAGCUGAUGGUGAAUUGAAAUCUCCGUCACGUUUCAUUGAGACAACAUACAAAAUUGAUCAUUCGCAAUAUGCAGACAACAGCGGUCACAGCAUUCAAAUAACGGAUCAUAAUUUCGACUCAAAGAAUCUGUUCAGCAGUGAUGUUACGGCAAAGAAAGUUGAAAAUUCCGACGGAUCUGGCUAUUUCAAAACGAUCGGAAAGUACGAUUUGAAUAAGCUAUCACAUCGGCCCAACAAGUAUCCGAUCCAUGACAAACUCAAAACGGAUCUCGCUGUUGCCGAUUUGCAGUUACACUCUUUCCCACGACCACUGAAAAAUUUCCACCAUCAACACCUACCGCACUCUUAUUCCUAUACCACCGAGAAAUCGACAACAAAAUCCGCAGCUACUCAAGAACAAAUUAAAUUGUACAACGACGACGUGAAAAAGCAUUACGAUCGAGUACUCGAACAAAAACUCCGAACCAGCAAAGAUCCAGCAGACAAAGCAAAAUAUCACCAAUUUAUCAAAGCAAUGGAAGAUGAAAAAAUUGAACAGCAGAGUGCAAGUAUACGAGAUCUGAAACGACAACGACCGAUAGUCAAGCCAGCUAGACCGCGACCAUUUUCGCAUGAAACAAGGACCAAAUCACCGGAGAAAACAUUCGGUUUGGGCUAUUACAAAUUGGGCAUAACGUACACGGAGCGGCCCUAUAAAUUUCCAUUCUUGUGAAUUCGAUGUGUGCUCUCUUAGUUUUUAUUAAAAUUAAUUUAUUUGAAGUUAAAUUAAAUAUAAUGUAAAUGAUGCUCG